AUAUUUUUAUUUAUAUUAUUUACUCUUGCAUUCAAAUGUGAAACAAGUUUGGCUGUAUGAAUUUUGGUAUGCCUUGUCUUUAUCAAUAGUAAAAAAAAAUAUUUCUGAAAAAAUAUGGCUUCCUUUUUUCCACUGUGUGAAAUUUUUACAACGUAAUUCCUCAAAUUUAUACUUUAUAAACUGCCGAAGCGUCGUAAAAGUGUUAAAUAUACGUUGUUUUAAGCAUAUUAUAGGAUUCGUGCCAGUGAACGUUAGCAGGCAGCGAUGUCUUGGCGAGGCCGCGAAGAUCGAGGCUCGCGUUGGAGCGAGCACGAUACCCGGUGGAGCGAGAGCAGGCCGCGCUCGCCCGUGUGGGAGCCGCGCUCGCCGCGCUGGAGCGUCAGCCCCGACCGACGCGACCGCGACCGGCACCGCGACCGACACGAGCGCGACCGGCACCACGACGACCGUCGCGACCGCCACGACCGCGACUCAGACCGCCAUCGCAACGACCGGGGCCGCGACCGCUACGACAGACCUCGCGACCGCGAUCGCGAGCGGGACCGCGACCGUGAACGUGACCGCCGCCGGUCGCCGCGACGUUACGACGACAAAGACAUCCCUGCGCCUCCUUCGCCCCCUAAAAUCAGCUCUGAAGCAGACAAACACUCUGAUUCUCGCUCGCGCAGCCGCUCGCGGAGCAGGGAACGCGACGACUAUGACAAGUACGACAAGGACAAACAGGAAGAUCAGAGCGGCAUAAUCGCUUCCCCGGGGGAUUGGUUCUGCAAAUGUGGCCUCUACAACUUCAAAAGGCGUCAGGUUUGCUACAGAAGAAAUUGCCAAGGCAAAAGAUCAGAGGGCAUAGUUUAUGGUGGUGACACAGACCGAGCAGCUUUCAAUGAAGCCGCUGGUAUAACCAAACGCUUAUUGUUUAGAAGGCUCGAUGCUUUAACUACAGAAGAGAAAAUUUUGGACUCCAUUAAAGAUAGGUGCUCAAAGUCUGUGUUAGAUUCUAUAGCUGGUAUUACUAUAGGCCGUGAGACCUUGACGGGGGCUUCCAAGUGCUUAGCUUAUAUAAAUUUUAAUUCUAUUGCAGAUUCAACUGCCGCUCACACUGAACUGUUGUCCUUACAACCCCCCUUAGAAAUAGAUGGUCGCGAAGUGUUAAUUACAUUCUAUAAUGAACCCAAAAAGAUUCAAAAACCUUCCAAUGCUGAUUAUUCUGCAUACUAUGCUCAAAUGGCAAGUUAUUCUGCCUCUACCCAGGCAUUGUCCGAGGCAGACAGAGUGAAUGCUGCUGCUGCAGUGGCUCAGUCAGCUAUAUCUGCUGCUCAAGCCCGUCAAAUGGCGUGGACUCCCAUAGCAGUCCCUACUUUCAUUGCUUCUGCUGCUCAGCCUACUCCUGCUAUUAAUAUUCCCACAGGGGAUGGUAAAACCCAGUACAGUGCACCAGAUGUCCGAACCUUCAUGUAUGAUGAAACUUCAGGUUACUACUAUGACCCUGCCACUGGCUUAUAUUAUGAUGGUAACACCCAGUAUUUCUACAAUAGUCAAAUUAAUCAGUAUAUGUAUUGGGAUGCUACAACCUCGACUUACAUAGCAGCCACACAGAGUCAACAAAACACAGAGCAAGCUAAACUGCCGCAACCUCCACAGGCAACAAAUGAGAAUACAAUAGGAAAAGAACCAGAAGAAAAGAAAAAGAAAGAUAAAGAGGACAAAGUGAAAGUUGCCAAAAAGAUAGCAAAAGACAUGGAGAGGUGGGCUCGUACAUUGAACCAGAAGAAAGAGAAUGCACGCAGCAACAUUGUGAUGGAGCAGCCAUUAGACACUGGUGCCAGCAAGGGCUCCGCAGACAUAGGUUUCUCUGUUUUAGGUGCUGGACCUUCCAUCACCACUCAUGUAAGAGAAAUUUCCCCACCACCUGUCUCCACUGAUGAGUUCUUGGUUAAAAAAGUUUCAGAUGCAAACACAUCCAUUGAUAACGAUGAAGGCAUUAUAGACUGGGCGAAAUUAACAUGCCUCCUUUGUAAACGCAAAUUCCCAUCUGUAGAUGUGUUGACUAAACAUAAAUCAAUGUCAGAUUUGCACAAGCAGAAUUUAGCAGAGUACCGAAAGAAAAUGGAACUUUUGCCCCAGACCAAUGGGUAUAGGGAUAGGGCAGCUGAACGUAGAAUGAAGUUUGGUGAGGAUGAGCCACUGAUUAGGAAGAGGUAUGAACCGCCAGAAGUAAUGAGGGCACCGGUGCAAUCACAUCCACCGCCAUCCGUUGUGGAUACCAUAGGAGGUAAAAUGCUACAGAAAAUGGGCUGGUCUGAAGGCCGAGGCUUAGGAAAAGAAGAGCAAGGGAGAAUAGCUCCUAUUGAAGCAGAACAAAGGCCUACUUUAGCUGGGCUUGGACAAAAGAGGGGCAUAUACACACCCACCCCCGGGGAAACAUACAGAGACACUGUGAAAAAACUAAUGAUAGCCAGAUACAAAGAAGUAGUCGGGCAAGAAGAUGGAAAAUAGAUUGGCGCCAAAACCCCAUGAGGCCAGGCAAAGCAUAGCGUCUUGACAUGUGAGUCUACGCCAGCCAUCGGACCUUCGUGCCAAACUUGUUACAAUACCCCCAAUGUAUAAAAUAUACUCAUAGAUUACUUAUUAGAACAGAUUAUUAUAUUUACAUUAAAAUUUUCAGAGCUAUAAAUUCAUAAAAGUAAACUUAUUUUAUUUUAAAUUAAAUAACUAAAUGAAAAUUGUUAAAAAGAUAACAAAGAACAAAAUGUUCUAUGAAUGAAACAGUUAUUAAAUUAUUUCUGAAAAAGCUUUAUUUAUUCAUUCAAUUGUGAAAAUCUUAUUUAAAUAAUUGGUUUCUUAUUCAGAAUUUUAAAGACAAAUAUGUAAUUCAUUCCAACAAUAAGAUAAUUUAACUAAAAAUGAUUGUUUAAACAAACCAUGAAACUACAUAUAAACUAAGCAUUUAGGCGUUAUUAUUCUAAGCAUUUAGGCAACUUUGUAGGUAAUAUUUUGUUUUAACGUUAACAUUACAAAAGAACAAUCUUGUAUUUUUGCAUUUAAUAAUUUAGGGUUGUUAGUAGCUAGGUAUCUACAUAGCUUUAUGUAAUUUUUACUUUUAAAAUGAGUUUUUUUUAUUAUUACCUACAUGUAAAUAGAGUACAUACUAUUUUAAUGAAGCAUUAGGUCUAUUUAUUUAUAAGAAUAUUGCAAUAAAUAAUGUUAAACAAUUUUUUGGUAGAUUCGAAAUAGUAAGCAUGGGUUUCCACGUUUGUGCGCUAACCUGACCUCAUUGUAAAUUAUGAAAUUAAUUUACCCACAUUUUUAUAACAUUAUCUUCAUUGUAAUGUAAAUAUAGAUUAACAUUAUGAAGGAAUACACAUUAAUUGUUAUGUGUAAUAUAUAUAUAAUUAAUACUAGAUCAUUUCUUGUUUUAUUACCACUCAUUUCGAGGUUUACUUCGUUCUUGUCUUGUCACUAAAAGGGUUGCGGACGUAUUUAUUUAAAUAAAUAAAUAAAUAAAAUUUAUUUUAACGAUUUCAAAAAAAAAUUCAAGUUUUCUAAUACUUUGUAGAUGGUUCUUACAAAAAAAUAUCUGUUCUAUAUUCAGGCGUUUGAAGUUGUGCAUAUUAUCGUUUUUUCCUUAAACUAGCUGGCUGCGGUAGAACGAUCAGUACAAAAAAAUGGAAAAUAGUAUUUGCAAAUAUGCUAGAUUUAAUUUACAAAAGGAAGAAUAAAUGUACUGUUUAUUUCUAUUGGAAAUAGUCAAAAUUCUUUUCUAAGGCGCUCAAAAAUUACGAUUUUUUGCAAAAAAUGUGAAAGGACUCUUAUGUCGGUCCGCUUGAAAAUAAAAUAAAAUUAGAUAGUAGAAAAAAUAUUUUAAUAUGAGUAACUUUGGUAAGGUAUGAGAAUCAAAGAUAGAAUAUAGUUUGUAAAUAAUACGGUAGGUAAUACGGUUUUUCAGCUUCCUCUGUAGGUGGAAUAUCCGAACGGGCUAAGCAGCAGGGGCACGUGGUAAUGCUCGCCUUGUUUUAUCUUGAACACUAUCUGGAAAUAAUACGGGUAAAAAGUCUCCUUGUCCAUACCCUGGAAAUAAUCGCCCACAUUGAAGUGCAGCUUGUAAAUGCCGGCCCCCAUUGAGUCUUCUGUGAAGGGAAAUCUAAUCCUGCCGUCACUAUUCGUCAUGGUAUUGUGCCACAGAAGCCAAUUGUUGUCUUUCCUCUUGUACAACUCCACGAACAGUCCAACUGCUGGUUUCCCAGAAGCAGUGUCGAGAACAUGAGAAGACAAAACCGUAUUUGACAUUUUCUCCAGUUAAUAAUAAUUAUUAGAUUAUAUUAAAAAGUUUAAUUUUACUGUGCACGUCCGUCCUGUUUGCCGGCGUACGGCUGAUUGCUGUUGUUUUACAAAUAUUUUACGUCAGACUGUGGGGUCAUGCGAUAAAUGUCUCGUUGGCUAUAAUAACUUAAUUUUAUCAUUUACCCAUUUGGUAGUUGACGCUUAACAUGUUGCUCUCUGCCCCCCUAGCAUAAGCAGUGCAAUAUGAUAUAUAGCUCGUUUUUAUCACAUUCGGUUGUCAAAUUACUAUGGAGUUUGAUAGUUAGACGCGAGAAAAAACGUGAUAUUAUUUAAAUUGUGAUGCCCAUGCUACAGGAACUGGUCUACACCGAUCAAUCCUCAGAUAACUAAGGACCAAAUUCGAUAAAAAAUCACAUGAAUAGCAGAGCUUACGGAUGGCAAAAAUAUUAACACACAUCACACAAAAAUACUUGCGUCAUCCACCCUGGAUCUGCAUCUAUCUCAAGUAAUAAUUGAAACCCAUACAUUACAGAUUUAUUGCAAAAUAUUGCUUUCGUUUAUACUUAAAGCUUAUGAGUUUAUUUACUCAUGCCAUGGUCUUUCACCGAAUUUAAUGGUAAGUAGUACUUACAGAACAACCCAUGUCAAUUAGAAAACAACAAAAUUAGGUACCAUUCCUUUUAUUUAACUUC